UUGAUAAUGUUGGGGUGAGAUUUGAAAUUUGGUGGUAAUGAUUCGGCCAAUAACCUUAGAAUUGAACUAAUGAGCAAAAAAUGUGAGUUUGUUUGUUAUUGGUGGCGCUGGUGCAUAUAUAUAAGAAUCUGAUCUUAAAGCGCGCGACCCGUGAAAAGGGAGAAAGAAAGAAUAGAGGAUAAAGUAAAGUAAAGGGAUUUUCAAUUUGGAGAAUUAUUAGUAUUAUUAGAGCAGUGCAAUGAGUACGACACAAGUUGUUCACACGGCACUCAUGCCUUGUUGGCGGCGAUGUUAUAACCUCCCCACAACUGCAACAUCAAGUAUAAUUCCGAUGCAGAGGAGUGUGUGGGUCCCCCUCACAAUCACUGGCAAUGCGAACACGAAUAAGUGUUCUAGAAUGAUAAGGUGUAUGGCGAAUCCCAGGAGAGUCAAAAUGGUUGCAAAGCAAAUUAGGAGAGAGCUUUCUGAUAUGCUCAUCACUGAUAAUGUUUUGCAGUUUGCCAUUCUUCCAGAAGCUUCCUUAGGAGCCGAUUCUUACCUCUCUUCCGUCACCACCAUCACCGAUGUUCAAAUUACUACCGAUUUGCAGGUGGUUAGGGUAUAUGUAUCUGUUUUUGGAGAUGCAAGAGGGAAGGAAGUGGCCAUGGCUGGCUUGAAGUCAAAGGCCAAAUAUGUUCGUAGUGAGUUGGGGAGGCGUAUGAAGUUGCGGUUAACUCCCGAGAUACGCUUUAUUGAAGAUGAAUCAUUUGAGAGAGGAAGCAGGGUCAUUGAAAUAUUAGAUAAAAUUAAGAAUGAAAAGAGUGGAACAAGUCAAAGCACGGAGCUGUUAGAUUCAUCAGCGAACGAAGAUGACAUUGAGCAGUUGAGUUCAUCAGAAAAUGAUGACGACGCUGAUUGGGACGAUGAAGACCCUGACGAAGGUAUCAUUUAUGUGGAAUAGCUGCCUCCCAGAGCAUCAGUAUUGUGCCUGUUUGUUAUGGAGAUGGAGAGACCAUUCAGUGUUGGUAGGUAUGUUUUGAUGAACUUAUGUCAAGAAGCACUUUAGAUAAUCCCGAGUUCCGUUUUGUCUAGAUGAAUGGUUAGUCUCAAGCUUUCUACUAGUGCAGGGAAACACUUCAUUCCAAUGCUUAUCUGGAAAGAUGCUGCUCUUUCUAAUUAGUUAAGUGACAAAAAUAUCUGAACAUGAAGUUGUGACAUGUCAAAAGAUUUGCUCCAACUAAGGUCGACCAAUUUUAGGGUUUUAUCUCCAAAUAUGGCAUACCCCAGGAUGAGAGUAUAAGAAAGGACUUGAGUGUACAUUUCUGUUCUUGCUUUACUUGAUCUCUGUAAAUUGAAUGUCAGUAUCUUGAAUAAAUUACAACAGGAACAAGAUGCUUGCAUCUCAACCUCGUGUUAUGUUGUUUCUUUCUUUUACCUGGUGUUCGAUUCGUUUAGUGGUGUGUAUUGUUUCUUGCCUU